GAUGGGCUAGCCAUAUUCUGGGAUGAAGAAGACUGAGACCACACAAUCUUCAGUCCUUUGCCCUUGGAGGCAAUGCUGAGAGGUGUCACAAGGACCAUGAUGGAGGACAACAAAAUGAAGAGGAGAACUGAACCCUUGGUGAAGAAAAUUAGGUUUGGGGCAUAGAUGCUACUGAAUGCCAUCUCUCUGGAAGGCAGCCAGGUCACCGUGAGAUGGAGGCAAAUGGGAUGGGACAAGGCACUCCUUGGUCACCAGGCAGUCAGAAGAGAUAAGGAGACAGGGUAUGAUCAGGUCUAUAGUCCUCUGUGGUUGUGUCAGCCCUGUUUUGGCUCCCCUAAUGCCUGUUGGCAUGGUCACACACCUCCAUGGGGGGCAGAGAGCCAUCAGCUUAUGAAGGGGCAUGGAAAAAAGCACUGCUGACUCCAGGAGGGUGAAGGAGCACAUAAGAAAGAGCUGGGGCACAUUUAUCUCAUAAUAGACAUUGUUUGCAGUGGUUACAGGUUUUAAUAAAAAGAGGUAGUUGACUAGAUGUGCUAGGAUACUUAAUGGAGUGUGCACAAUGAAAAAUGUGGUGGUGCAUUUUGUGAUUAUGAGAGAAACAUUCCUGUCUUCUCUACAGUAAAAUCCUCUUGUUAAAUGCUGUGGCACAUUGCUUGCAAAUGGAAACUUAAAAACUCCAGCUUAGAAAAUAUAAUGAAUUAAUCAACCCCCUGAGCCUUUUAAGGAAUUCUUAUUUGCAGUUUAAUGUCAGCCUAAGGAGCAGGCUGACCAGGGGACUCUCAGGUAGAAUUAUUUUAAUCUGUCUUGAUCUCCACACUUACCAAAAUAACAAGAGCAGAAAAAAAACCCCCAGUUCACUUCUUAGCACAAGCCAAAAACACUUUCACUGACUGUGCUGCCCCUGGUGGGGUUAUAUAUAGUGUAAGGCACGAUUUUAUGCCUCUAGAGGGAAUAUGCUGUCAGGAGUGUCAGCAUAAUAGAGCAUUUCAGAAGACAGGUCUUGGAACUGGUGGGACUGGAAUACAAUCGUAACAAAAUUCAGCCACCCAUGUGAUAUGUUUGUUGUUUUUUCCCACACUAUUUGAAAUGAGGAUGAAUGGUAAUGUACUUGUUCUGAUUUUGAAAAAGAUGUUUUAAAGCUUUUGAGAAGUAAAUAAAAAGUGGUAUUAGCUUUUUCUGGUUUCCCUCUUUGUUUUAGUUGCCCUGUCCGUAAGAUGGGGAAAAUAAAAUGUAUCCAUCUGUAAGAGGGUUUAUUGGGAUUCCACUGCUGAUGUUUGAGAAUGCAAUGUGUACAUGACAGUGCUUUUGCAUGGCCAAAAUAUAGGCUCACCCUACACCCAUGCUGGUACAUGCUGCACCUGUGAGCACUGCAUAUCCCUCUCCCCAUCCCUUCCCCAACUCUCUCUCCCCAAACAUUUGCCAUGGUAGAACUUUUUCAAGCAUACAGAGGAAGAAGAGUGAGGCACAGCUUUUGCACUGAAAGGCUUGCCAGGGAUGGGUGUGUUUUACUUCAUGGUUCUAUGUUAAAAGGGAAGACAAAUCUUGGGGAAACUUUUUUUUUUUUUUUUUUUUGUGUGUCAUUGCUGCUCUGACCACCAGUUCCUAAACAUUUAUGAUCCUUGUUUUUGCUCGUGUAGUAUUUACCCUUGUGCUGCUGCCAGGGUGGUAGCAGUUAAGGUACAAAUGGGAGUACCAUUGCCUUCCUGGACUGUGUAGUUGUUUUGCAUUUCAUGGCCUCAGCCCCUGCAGCAGGUCCCAGGUGACUGCCAUUGCUGCUGAGAUUUCACACAGGCAUUACAAAACCAGACAGCUUCCUCUGCAUGUGAAAUGGGCAGAAGCAAGGUUCCCUUUCACUCCGCAUCUUCUGUGUAAGGACUUCAGCUGAACAGAGGGGAGGAGCCUGGGGAGAAAAUAAAGCAAGAAACAGGACAGAACUGGCACAUCAAAGUGCUCAUCUCUGCUCUGGCACAUCUUCAAGGAGGAGAAAAGAAAUGAGAUCUUCAUGUGAACCGUUCAUUUUCAUUGCCUUGUGAAAUCUAACCUGGCAUCAACUUUGAAACACUAAUAAAAAGAGGGGCUUUAACCCAGGCAGAGCAUCAAGGUGGGGCAAGUAUGUCCCCAGGGAACAGCAGCCAUGCCCUGACUUUCCUGCUGACUGGCAUUCCUGGGAUGGCUCACUUCCAGCACUGGGUUUUCUUCCCUUGCUGCCUGAUGUAUCUCAUCGCAAUGCUGGGAAAUGGCACCAUCCUGCUGGUCGUGAGAGCCAAUCGAAGGCUCCACCGGCCCAUGUACUACUUCCUUUCGAUGCUGGCCACCACAGACCUGGGCCUGACUCUGUCCACCCUACCCACGGUGCUGCGUGUCUUUUGGUUUGGCACUGGAGAGAUCAGCUUCCCGCUCUGCCUCACCCAGAUGUUCUGUAUUCAUGCCUUUUCCUUCAUGGAAUCCUCGGUGCUUCUGGUCAUGGCCUUUGAUCGCUAUAUGGCCAUCUGCUGCCCGCUGAGAUACUCCUCCAUCCUCACCAGUGCCAGGAUUGCAAAGAUUGGGCUGGGGAUGGUCUGCCGCUCUCUGAUGGCGCUCCCGCCCAUCUGCCUGCUCACACGACUGCCGUUCUGCAGGUCCCACGUGCUAUCCCACUCCUAUUGCUUGCACCAGGAUAUGAUACGGCUGGCGUGCACAGACACCACCCUGAAUAGCCUGUAUGGCCUAACUCUGGUGCUAUUCAUCACCCUAGACUCAGUGCUCAUCAUCUUGUCUUACAGCAUGAUCAUUAAGGCCGUGGUGGGCAUCACCUCCAGAGAGGAGCAGACCAAAGCCCUCAACACUUGUGUCUCUCACUUCUGUGCUGUUCUUCUCUUCUAUGUCCCCAUGGCUGGCCUCUCCUUUAUACACCGGUACAGGAAAAACGCUGCACCCUUCAGCCAGAUGCUCAUGGCCAACAUCUACCUUUUUGUCCCGCCUAUGUUGAACCCCAUCAUCUACAGCAUGAAAAACAAGCCCAUUCGCAAAGGCCUCCUCAGGUUCCUGUGUGCAAGACUGGCCUGGCCUGGCCAUGGCCAGCAGCCCAGGAGUCAUUGAGAAGUGGGAAGCUUGCCUACAUGAAAUUCCCACAAGAAAUGACAGAUGGAACAUAAGCAGGAGUUUAAGAAAGGCAAAAAUUAAUGGGAUGAACACCUUGCAAAGGAUGCUCUAACUGUCAGAGGAACACUUUUUAAAUGCAUCAAAAGCAGGAAUCUGUCUGGGAAACAGGUGAGCAAGGGUGAGAAGCGUACUCAUGGGUGAUAAGGCCACAGCAGAGAAGCUCAGGAAUUCUUUCCAUGGGGUUUCUAUACCCGGCACCGUCUUCAUAGCAAAUGGAUUAGAGGAUUUUGAUCAGUUCAAAGUAAAUAUGGAGGAAGUGUUCCAUCAAAGAAAGAUCACUUAGAUAUCACUAACUCCCAGAACCAGAUAUCAUUCACCCGAGAGUCUGGAAGAAGCUUAGAUGAGAAGCUGCAGAGCUGCUGUUCAGGGUGCAGCACUCUAUUGCAAAUGGUCAUGGUGCUGCAGGGCGGAGCAUCCCUUCAACUCCGCCUGCAAAAGGGGCUCCAUGGGGUUCCUGAGACCUACUGACCAGUAGCCUUGAUUUCUCUCACUGGUAGGACAGUAGAGGUUGUGAUAAAGAAUAAAGUCACUAAGCGUAAGGGUAAACACUUAGGGGUAAAGCUGUGGUGGAGCCAGCCAGGCUACGGCAAGGGGAGAUCCUGCCUUGGUGCUCUGCUGGACUUCUGUGAGGGGGGCUCCAGCUGGAAGGAUCCCAUGGCCAUAAUACACCUGGAUGCCCCAAAGCCUUUGACUAAAUGCUUUUAAUGAAAUUACUUUGUAGGGGGAUUGGAGGAAACUCUCUUCAAGGGAUGAACAGUGGGUUUAAGUAAGGGUAGGCCAUUUUCUGUCCAGAGAAGACUCAGCAGUGUCCUCCCCAAGGGAUCUCUGCCAGAACUCCUUUCUUUCUGCAUUGUCAUCACUGACCUGGAUGAGGGAGCGCACAGUGAACGAUCACAGCUUGCAGAUGAUACUAGGUCGGCCAAGGUACUGACAGCAACUGUCUUCUGUAGUUUUGUAACAUUGUUAAAAAUUUAAUUGCAAUGACAAUAAAUUCUUGGCUCCACAUAGAUGGUGUGCUUCCUUUUGCCCUAACAAGCUUUUGAGGGUACCACAGCCCCAACAGACACAGAACCACCAUGACACUUGGUAACACCUGAAUGAGUAAGCUAUUAUUUGGACCACAAGUCCCAUGCGAGUGGGUCUAAAAUGAAGGAGUUUGAGGAAACUCUUGCUGCAUGCUGGUAUGUAUACAUAAUCCAUCUGUGGAUAGUUCUCCUGGGCUGCUAUGAGAGACAGGGAAAUGCCAUGAAGCUUGUUUGUCAAACUCAGUGCUCAACCCUGAAACCCUAGGAAGAGGGCUCAGCCUGAGGCAGGCGGCUUCUGUUGUUUGGAUCACAUCUGAGAAAUCUGAUCAGCCUGUAAAGCACUGAUGGCCAUUCAGUCCAUGGUCUGACUUGGAGUACACAGGGCAUUUUUUGUUAGUUUUCCGUCAUUUCCCUUGGGUAUUCAUGUGCCUAUUUAGGCUUCAG